AUAAAAACUGAAAUUCAUGUUCCAGGUCCGUAUUGUGUCAGAUUUCAUCUUACAUUCACCACCAGGAGAAUUCAAUGAAGUUUUUAACGAUGUACGAACACUACUAAAUAACGAUGUUCUCUUGAAAGAAGGUGCAUCAGGGGCAUUCGCUCAGCACAAUAAAGAUCAAUUGACGCCUGUAAAAAUAGAAAAUAGUGAGUAUGCUGUAUUGAUCACAGAGCAUAAUGACAUUGGCGAUUCAAAGUUCUUUGAUCCCAGAUCGAAACAAGUUUUCAGAUAUGAUCAUCUUCGGAAAGAAGCUAGUGAUGUCGAGGCUUGGGAACAUGAUGAGUCUCUGGAGCCAUGGAGAUCUGCGCUGGAAUACGAGGUUGAUGCCUACAAUGCGAGGCACUACAAGAACGGCACAUGUAGUGUUUUCGCCAAACGACAAAAUGGCGGCAUAGUUCUCACUGCAUGUAUAGAAGAUCACCAAUUUGAACCUAAAAACUUCUGGAACGGACGCUGGAGAGCGCAGUGGUCAGUCACAAUAGCAUCUGGCUCUUCAGCUGAGGUCAGAGGAAUUGUGAAAGCCCAAGUUCAUUACUACGAAGAUGGAAAUGUGCAACUUGUCAGCUCAAAAGAAAUAAAAGACAGCAUUGUUCUAUCUAGUGAAGAACAAACUGCAAAAGAGUUCAUGAAGAUAGUAGAAGAAUCGGAAAACGAAUAUCAGCGUGCGAUCACCAAUAAUUAUCAAACAAUGUCGGACACUAUUUUCAAAGCCCUGCGUCGCCAACUACCUGUCACUCGGACGAAAAUCGACUGGACCAAGAUGGUAUCCUACAGUAUCGGAAAAGAGCUGAAGAAUCAGUGACAAGCUGUGAAUACUAUGUUCGAAUUCUUUUCAUUACUCUUAUAAGUUUCAUACAUUUUAUUAUCUAAAUGUUGAAUUUUCUAAUGCCUGCUUUGAUCAGAUAUCUAAGCUAGCUGCUUUAUUUUGUUGAAGUUUUCAUGUUUUCCAAUUGUUCAUCUUUUCUAAAUAUUUAGGAAGCUCCUUAUUGUUACAGUUUGAUGUUAUAUUGUAAAACUUUGUUGAUUUCACAUUGUUAUAGCUUCUUGAUGGAUGCUGAGGCAACCACAAGCACUGUCACUCUUGUCAAAUGAAUGUACAGAAAUUAUUUGGAAUUGUUGCACUGUACUGCAUGUAUGGUGUAGUUUAAUGUAACUCUAGGGGACAUAGAAAUAUUCCUGAAAUUACCCUGCAAUGUAUAUAGAAAUUAUGUAGGAUUAACAUUCUUCUGUCUUAUGGUCGGUAUCUACUGAAAUUCUUUUUGCCAUUGGGAGCUAGCUUGAAGUAGAUUAAUUAAGCUGACUUUACAAUCACUAGAGUUGUGAGCUGAACUAACAGAACUCUGGUGGAAAUAAAUUGGAAGUUGCAUUUGUUCAAAUGCUAAUUAAUGAAUAAUUAUUAUUAAACGAAAAUCCCAAUUUAUUUCCAUCUGUAGACUGGCUGGCCGCUAUGGCUUUGUAUAAAAUGAGCGCUGCUAUCCAUAAAUUGUCAGUUUGGUGUAAGGGUAAGCAUUCCUGACCGGCAAUUAGGAGGUACUGGGUUCGAUUCCCGGGCUGACAAAUAAUUUUUGUAUAGUAGAGCUCAUCGAAUUUCCAUCUAGCUGUUUACCCUGUUGUCAAUAUUUGCAGUAGCAGAAGUCUUCGGGGUGAUUUGCAGCAUUUAAUUGGGAUUUUCGUUUAAUAAUAAUUAACAGAACUCUCUUGCUCCAUAGGAAUAAGUCUUACAGUUUCUAACGACCUUGACUAUUCUACUGCUGCUUUUGCCAUCAAAUGGUAUCUGUAACUAUGAAAAAAUUGAUGUCUAAAUUCUGACUUAAUUAUUUUAAAGAGAUGGUAGUAAAAACAAAAGACAUCUUGACGUGAAUUAGUGUAUCUAGAUUGAAAUUUCAUUUUAUAGAUGCAAGUUUAUUGCAUUUUAAUAAUUUGCGUGUUUUACUUCGUAGCUACGGUUAUUCAAUUCCAAUGUCACACUUGAUUGAAUUUCAUUAUUUAUAUAGAAGCUUGAAUCAAUGAAUCAAUCUUUUUUUACAACAUUGUGUAUUUGAACUCAAAAUGUCCUUAUCAAAUAACUGAAAUGCUCCAGAUUAAUAAUUAUUGUUAUUACAGAAGUCAAUUUUGUCCAAACUCUACUGGUCUUUAAACCGCGAAAAACUUUAUUGGAAUCUUAGAAAUUCUAUCAUUUUUGAAUGUUAUUUUGGCAGUUGAUAAUUCACAUUCAUCCUGGUUAAUUCUGUUGUAAGGUACAUAGUUCCUGAAAAGGUUUAAUAAAUUGAGCAAUUUUCUUUCAACUAUAUAACAAACGCUUGAGAUGUGUUUUGGGGAAAUAUUUUUCUAGUUCAGAGAUAUUCAAAUCAUUUUGAAGUGUACAAUGUUCUCAAUUGAUGUCGACAGAUUGGCAAGUGACAGGCAAACACUAUCCACCACUGGACGAUUUGCCAUAAUCGUCAAAUGUUGAAUAUCCAAGAGCAAGAAUAUUCGCUGGUUGGUUUGCCCUCUUAGCUCUUCGAACCCCACCACUUCUAAAUGUUAAGCUAAUGGCAAAAUGACACAAUCUUUAUUGAAUAAUGAAAGAGUGUUUGAAGUGUACAACGUUCUAAAUUCACGUGAUUCGUACAAUAAUUUAGAUGGCUGGCCCGGGUUGAUCUAGUGGUCUGGAGCGUUACAAACUUCAGUCUGCUAGCACAGCCUGGUUUGUGGGUUCGAAUCCCACCGGUGGCAUGGACGUUUGAUCACCUCAUCAAAUCACCUACGCACAGGUGGGAAGCUUAUGUGGGCAUCAUCCGCAAUAAAAAAAUACUUUUAUCAAAUACAUGGAGUAUUUCACAUUAUUUCUUCUUCUCUAACCGUCUCCAUAGCUGAGGUUGGUUAUCAUCAUGGCAAUUCCUAGCUUGUUCACCGCGCCGCUCUAAAUAGGCCAUGUGUUGUGCAUUUCAACGCUUCCCUCAGCUUUCUUUCUCAACCAAGACAUUCUUCUACGUCCCACUGAGCGCUUACAUUAGUUAAUUCCCAUUAAUAUUUGCAAAUUAUUAGUAAAAUAAAUGAAUUAUUAUUAUUGUCAGCAUCAAAUCAUUAAUAUCAUCAAGUUAUGGUGGGGUUGCUUUUGCGAAUUGUAUGACCUUUGGAAAAUUUUCCGGUGGUGGGUAGUAUUAGUGUGUUACUUGUCAAUCUACUUCCGAGGUUGUUCCGAGAUGUUUUUCGCAUAAUUGUUGAAGAUAGUCUACCGGUCUCUGCCUCUGGAAAUCGAACUCUUCCACAGUGCAAAACUUUGCAAUAGUGCUCUUCAGAUGAAUAGAGAAAACAAGAAUAUGCACCCACUUCCCACAGCUUUCCUCACAUGAAUCUAAGUUUAAGCACGUUUCAUACAGGGACAUUAGUUUCGGCCACUACGUGAGCGUGGAAUUGAAAAUGUCCAGAACUCGAAUUUUCAUCUCAUUUCAAAUUGCACUUUGCAACGACAGCUAGUGGAAGCUUAGUAGAAGCAACUAACCAGUGUGCAGCGUGCUUAACCUUAAACUGCUCUGCAGGAAACAGAUUUAAGCUUUGACCAUAAGUGAUUUAUGUAUUGAAGUUUUUUCAGCUAUCGCUUGAUAGUUUGAUACCUUGUGAGACCGAUUUAAUUAUCUGAAGGGAUUAAAGUUGCCUAUUAGUAUAUUUCAUUUUUCGCGAUUUGAAUUCCUGUUAUUUAUUGCGAAUACUUUUAUAUUUAAAUCGUGAAGUUGAAAUUUCAAUCGGAACCAUUUGUAAAUCCAAAUAAUUUGCAUGGUUGACGCUUGUGUGCAGCGUGCUUAAAUUUACGUAUUGAAAAUGCAAUUAAUGGAUGAAUCAAGUGACUUUAGAACAUUUUAAACUUCAAAUCAUGAUUCAAUAGAAAUCUAAUCAUUUUGGUAUUAUUUAAAAAUAUUAAUAAGUUAUUAUUGAACUGAGGGCAAAAACGAGCUGUCGUGGCUCUCUCAUCCAUAUGGCUUUUGUGGUAGGUUAGGUGCUUACGGUUAGUUCAGUUUCGUCUCCCUCCCUCAAUUAAUGCAUAUGCCCUAUAACAUAGGUUCAGUGUUAUUGCUUGACCACUUCAGCUGGAUUCCUACUUAUCAAUGUCAGUGUAAUUAUCCGGUACAAUGAUAAUAUUAUUUCCUUGAAUUCUAAUGGGACUAUUCCCACCGAGCGAGUUUGAAUAGUCCCAUUAAAAUACAUGGAAAUAAUAAUAUCUUCUAUACCAUAUAUGUAGGCCUACACUGUUACUAUGUGGGAAUCCAGCUUCGGGUGUUGAAACUUCAGUCAGACAUGUAUCUUCAGUCUUGAUCAUCUCAUCUUAUUACCCACGCACAAGAAAUAAGCUUAUGCGGGUAUCAUCCACAAAAAUACAACAUUAUAACAUAAACUAGUCUGUCAGAGAAUUGUAUGGAAAAGGGAUAUUCACGAGGGAUAUUAACUAGAUUUUAGUCAUUGUUGUAUACUUCAUGUGGGUAGUAUUGAAUGAGCGUAUAAUUGUGAUGUUUAAUAUAUAAAAUUGAUUCGUAGAACUUGAAUCAUGUCCAUUGUGAUUGUUGUGUUAAUAAAAUCAUGUGUGGAAUGCAGAAUGUUACGAUAUCUUCAAGCAUUAUGUUGGUCGCUUGUUUUGGAACAACUCUAUUCUAAAUAAGAUCAUUGUAAUCACUGUAAGAUCAUUCACUGUAAGUUCAUUGCAAUCAAUCAAUCAUUGCUGUGGAAGAACUUGUAAAUGUACUUAUAAAAUUAACACUGCUCAACAGUUUGAAUUCUUGUAUAGAAGUAUUACAUUUUUUCUAGUAAGGUGCUAUCCCUGCCUAAGACAUCUGAAGCAUAUGUUGUUGAGAUUAAUUAUAAUCCUAUAGUGACUCAUGUGAUUACAUAACUCAUUUACCUUAUUGUAUAAUAUGAAAUGUGUAUUCUGCUGCAAGUCUGAUUCAUUUUCCUCUAAUGUGCGAUCCAUUAAAUGAUUUAUUAUAUACUCAAUUUCUAAAGAUGCCUCCACGAUACAGUUUUAAUGUUUGUGUUUUAGUUACUUUUUGUUUUUGUGUUUGAAUUGAAUUCUAGAACAUUUAGAUCAACUAACUGUUGAUUUUAAUUAACAUUUUUAUUUAAUAAAAUAUUUGUAUAGUUUUUAACUUGCAUUUUCUACUUCUUUGUGGGCCUUUUUUAAACUUUUAGAAAUUUCUAGUAUUAUUUAUCUAUUCUAAAUUUUUCACCUAUUCUAUUUAAGUUAUUUAAUCAAUAUUUAUGUAAAUCACAAUCUUCGAUAUUGAAAACUUGAUAAAGUAAUUAUUCUGUUUCUAGUUUUAAGGAAUCUGUUUUACAUUUUUCUAAUGAUUUAUUACGUACUCAAUGAUUCCAAAUUACACGGCAAUAUUUUGAUUAGAAAGAUUAUUAUAUCAUGUUUCUGCUGUCAAAAAAUUGACGCAAGAUUAAAGAUUGAAUAAACUAAUGAUUCAAUUCUCAAAAGUUUGAAGUGAUUAAGCCACUGGUCUAAGCAAUAAACGUUCACUGAAAUAAAUAUUAGACUACUAAACAGUAGUUCUAUUUUAGCCG